AUGGAUCGCAGUCUCGACGAGAUUCUCGCAGAGCGCAAGGGCGGCCAAUCUGGCGGCGGCUCGCGAGGCUCCCGAGGAGGUCAACGGCGCCGUGACAGGCAGGAUAACUAUCCGCGCGACGGCAUAAGAAAGGUGCGCUAUCUUCUGCGUGAACUCACUCGUCGUGGUCAGGACAUUAACUCUUACCGCGACGAAGCUCCUCGUAACCUGGACUCCGAAUCCCGAGGCGCAAAGAUCCGCGUCGAAAACGUCCACUACGAGCUUACGGAGGAAGAUUUGAGCGGCCUAUUCGAAAAGAUCGGUCCCAUCGCUAAGCUCGAGCUGGUCUACGACCGUGCCGGACGGUCUGAGGGCGUGGCUUAUGUCACCUACCAGACCUACGAAGACGCCAAGCAGGCAGUUCGGGAGUACGACGGCGCCAAUGCUGCAGGCCAACCCAUCCGAAUGACCAUCGUGCCGCUGGGCAGUGGCGGUCGUCGCAAUCCCUUUGACACGGCCGUCAAGCCCGGCCGCCCUCUGGCGGAGCGCAUCACAGCACCAGGUGGAAGACGCAGCCGCUCGCUGUCGCCCGGCCGAGACCUCGAAGAUGAUGCCGCCCGCAGGGGCAUCGACAGAUAUGUUCCCGGCAGACGCUCGCGCUCGCGCAGUCCCCAGCCGCGGGGUCGUCGUACCGGUGGUGGCGGUGGCGGCGGCGGUGGUGGUCGCCGGCCCGGUGACCGGAGGGGUGGCGAUCGGCGUGGUGGCCCGCGCGGAGAGGGCGGAGAGCGGGAGCGCAAUGGCGGAGGCCGCGGUCGGGACGGACGGCCCAAGAAGACGCAGGAGGAGCUGGAUGCCGAGAUGAAUGACUACUUCAAUGCGCCGGCACGUGCGGCUGCACAGGGUCAGGCGGAGGGCGAGAACCAGAAUGGCAAGGCGCACGAUGAUGAUGUCGACAUGAUUGAGUGA